UCAAAGGCUAUUCAAGGAAAUAUACUUUCAAUGCCAGAACAUUUGGAACAUGGGACUUUUAAUCUCUGAUUUGGUCUGUCUGGAAAGGCUUUGGCACUUUUAUGCCCUAUUCUUGGUACUUCUGAUAACAUUUGCAGUGAAAGUAUCCCCGACCAGCUCAGAUGCUCUCCUCAGCUCUUCGGCAGUCACAUCCACCCCCACCCCUCCUGAUGUCUACCUUCCCUCCAACUUUAAGCUCUCCAACGCCCAGCUGGCCUUCUUCCUGCGAGAGACCAGGUCCUCGGGCCAGAGCAGCGGUAUCCCCAACAACGGACAUCCUCUCCAGCGUUCCGAGAGCUUUGUGGUCUUUCAGACCAAGGAGCUUCCCGCCGUCAACAUCACCUUUGGCCCGUUCGCCCAGGACCAGAGCCUGUCCAAGGACCUCCUUCAGCCCUCCAGCCCCCUGGACAUCCCCGGGCGGCUGACAGUCAACUGGAAGGUCCGGGCCUUUAUCGUCCAGUCGAGGGUGUUUUCCAGCAACCCUGUGGUCCAGGUGCUCUUCUACAUAGCAGGUCGCGACUGGGAUGACUUCAAGGUCCAGGACAAGCUGCCCUGCGUGAGGCUCCACGCCUUCCGUGACGUACGCGAGAUCAAGACGUCGUGCCGCCUAUGGGGGAACCUGGCCCAGUGCUUGGCCCAGCUGGAGUUGCCCCCCACCUGGUUCAAUACCAAUGUGGCCCCCCUGGGCCGGAGGAAAGGCCCCAGCGACAGCUUGGGCCUGGAGCUGAGUGUGGAGACCCUACAGACCGAGCUCUACUACACCCUCCACGACCCGGACAGCGGAGGGGAGUGCGGCGAGAGAUCGGGCCGCAGAGGAGGAUCAAGGGGUGAGCCGCCCUCUCAGCACCCCCUCCUCCGCAUCGGUAGCAUCAGCCUGUACCAGUCCAGCCAGGAGCAGUUGGUGGUGGACAAGCAGCUGGAUAAGAACAUGUUCCUGAGGUUGCCGGAGAAGCCGCUGAAGCCAGGAGAGACCCUCAACAUCUUCCUCUACCUGGUGCCCAACUCCACCGUGGAGCAGUUCACCCUCAAGGUCAAGGCAAAGAAAGGGGUGAAUCUUCUGCAAACCAAGUCAAAGAAUGCCCAGUGGACUGUGGACUGGGAGGUACAGUCUGGGGCGAAGCAUUCCAUCACCACCAUCGACGUGAACAAAAAUAAAGGAGUGCAAGCCGGGGAUGAACUGGCCAAUAUCGAGGUGAUGCAACUGGACUUUGAGAUGGAGAACUUCACCAGCCAAUCGGUCACCAGAAGGAUCAACUGGAACAUCGACUACCGGGGCCAGAACCCACCUCCGGACUCGGAGAAGGUGGUGACUGAGUUGACCGUGGUGCAGAAGGACAUUCAGGCUAUCAUCCCACUCUCCAUGGACACCGAAAUCAUUAACACUGCGAUACUGACCGGCCGAACCGUGGCCAUUCCCGUGAAAGUUGUCUCUAUUGAAAUGAGUGGAGUCGUCACCGACGUCUCGUCCUUCGUAGAGUGCAAGUCGUCUAACGAAGACAUUGUCAAGGUGUCCAUGAAUUGUGACUACGUGUUUGUGAACGGGAAGGAGACGCGGGGCUCCAUGAACGCCCGUGUCAUCUUCAGCUACGAGCACCUCAGUGCCCCCUUAGAGUUGACCGUGUGGGUGCCCAAACUCCCCCUUCAAGUGGAACUGUCCGACAGCAACCUGAGCUUCAUCAAGGGCUGGAGGGUACCCAUUCUUCCUGACCGCAGGAGCGCCAGAGACAGUGACACAGAUGACGACGAGGACGACCGGCGGGUGAGCCGGGGCUGCACCUUGCAGUACCAGCGUUCCCUUGUCAAGGUGCUGACCCAGUUCCACACCACCUCCACCGAGGGCACCGACCAGGUCAUCACCAUGCUGGGGCCCGACUGGCAGGUGGACGUGACUGACCUGGUUCAGGACUCGCUAAAGGUGGUCGACCCCAGGAUAGCCGAGCUGGUGGACCGCACCGUGCUGGUGGGCCUGGAGCUGGGCUCCACUGUACUGAAGGUGGAGUCUCCACUCGCCGUGGAGGCCAUGUUGGGAGAGACGUCGUUUUCCGUCACCGAUGAGAAAGUCUCCAUCUUGGAACUUCGCGUCCACGCCAUCUCUGGACUUUCUUUGUCACUACAGCCCAGCCCUGGCAACAGUCACACUAUGGUCGCCAAGGCAACUGGCCUGCAGACACUUGCUGCACCAAAGCAGGAGGCCAGCUUGUCCAUCUGGCUUUACUACAGCGACAGCACCGCAUCGCCUCUGACCUUCUUCGACCCGAAGGACUACAACCUCAACGCUUCCACACUGGACGACAAGGUGGUGUCCAUAUCCCAGGAGCCUCAGCACCGCUGGCCGGUGGUUGUGGCGGAGGGCGAGGGCUCCGGGGAGAUGGUGCGUAUGGAGAUGACCAUCUGCGAGGCCUGUCAGAAGACCAAGCGCAAGAGCGUCAUCGCUUCGGCCCCUGUGUACGUGAAAGUCCGCUUCGGCCCGGAGGAAGACUCCGAGGAAGAAAUGGAAAGCGAGAUCGAAAUCGAGCCAGCCCGUGUCACCAGGCGGCCGGUGGAGGACUCCAACCUCGGCGACAGAGGCUUCGAGCCGUCCAACGAGCAGCCGGCGAGCGUUCCCAUCGACUACACCAACUUCCCGACCAUCAGCAACCAGGAGAGGCCCACCGAGGGAGAGGAAGAAGAGGAAGAUGAUGAUUUCAUCCAUGCGCCCCGCAGCAUGACCGACCUGGAGAUCGGCAUGUACGCCCUCCUGGGCGUCUUCUGCCUUGCCAUUCUGGUCUUCCUCAUCAACUGCAUUGUGUUUGUCCUCAAGUACCGCCACAAGAGAAUCCCCCCUGAGGGCCAGGCCAACAUGGACCAUUCCCACCACUGGGUUUUUUUAGGGAACGGACAGCCCUUGAGGGCCCAGAGUGAGCUUUCACCCCAGACAGUGGAGAGCCCCAUUAACCCCCUGGAAGGGGUACAGACUUGUUGCCAUGGUGACCACCACAGCAGCGGCAGCUCCCAGACAAGCGUUCAGAGCCAGGUCCAUGGGAGGGGCGACGGCAGCUCUGGGGGCUCCACCAAGGAGCAUGGCGAGGAGGCCAGCUCGCCAACCUCCAAGCGCAAGCGCGUCAAGUUCACCACCUUCACCACGCUCCCCACAGAAGACAUGCCCUACAACUCCAUCCCCAUUGCAGAUGAAGAGGACAUUCAGUGGGUCUGCCAGGACAUGGGUUUCCAGGACCCAGAGGAACUUCAUGAUUACAUGCGCAGGAUAAAGGAAAUAGCCUGAAGGGGCGGCUGUUAAGAAGCACCCUCCUUACAGCUUUCAAAAAAUACUUUCCUUUCUAUUUUUCUCUUUUUUCACUUUAGUGAGAGAGAACUUUUCACAAACAAAAAGCAAGGCCAACUACACUUCUGUUUUUGUUCGUUUUCUUUUUCUUUGCACAGUGCCGUUUCCCGUACACACUUUUUUGGAAGUCGGAAAAAAAUUGGAAAGCCAAAGACUAGACAAGAAUUUUAAACGCUAGAGAAAUGGCUAUGUAUGGAUGUCCCUUCUACAGAGGUAGAGGAGUACACUCUCAAAUGGACUUAUAAGCUUCAGUCGUGAGCACGGUUCCGCAGGAUGGAUUUUAAGUGCUCCGUCACUCCUACUGGAGGUUAGUUAGCGAGCGUGAUACGGACAGGAGUAUUUUUAGUAGGAUGGGUUGGGUCUUGGCUCUGUGUUUGUCGGGUUGUCCCAACACCAAGUACCUUCUCCAACAAAGAGGCCUUCGAUGUGCAGAUUACAUUUUCAGAGAAACAGCUUUUGGGACGCAACACGGAACAACAUGAUGGACAACCAAUUGUCAAAGACGCUCAUUAAAAACAAUGUAACCAAUUAAUUGUAUUUUGCCAGAGUAGGGAAGCAUUCGUCAAUGGCAGAACCUCCUUCAUUGUUCUUGGUACAGCACAUGCUAUGAUUUCAUUCAAUAUCAUUACUGUACAUUUUGCUACAUUUCAUACAAAUUCCAAGCCAGUGCCCUAAUACUGGUUUCAUACACUUUCCUGAUUAAGUCUAAUGCCUUAGAAUGGGUUAUAGAAUGGGUUUUAGAAUGGGUUUCACUGAUCACAACUGAUUUCAAUGCUGACACCCUGUUUUCACACUUUGGGUUAGGGGCCAGUGAGGAGGGCAAUUAUCCAAAACGCUACAACUUGUCAAAGGUUUAGUUAUAUUGGGAAAUACUAAAGCUUGUACGUAUAUUGUGAAGUAAACGAUCUUCGACAUUCUUUGCAUGAAAGGAGAUACUGAGGCACAAUCAGCAAUUUUCCAAAUUUGUAAAUGUUUGUAUUGUAAUUAUCUAAUUAUACCUAGACAAUACUAAAGGACAUAUGUUGUAUCAUGCAUUACAUGCAUGCCGUGCCAGACCUGCAUAGUACAGCCAUCCCUUGUAUGUACAUACCAUGACCAGCUGAGUUCCUCUUCAUUAGCAACAUUACAUUGAACUAGUUAGUCAUGCAGAGAUAGAGAAGGGGGAACGUGUUGGCCCAUCACUGUAAGCAUAGUGUUUCCUCUGCAGUUUUUACUAAGAUGUCCCACUGUACACCUGAGAAUUACAAUGGAAGAACUCUCAUCCCACCAAAAUAUUUUGCAGCAGAAAUCGUUCCAUUUUAUUUUUUAUUUUUAAACACGGUGACCUCGUGUAAUCAUGCUCCCCAUUGAACACCAACGAUUUUGUACCGAGUCACGAUAUUAAUUUCCAAUCAAUCUAAACAGAGAAUGAGAAGUACUAUGUUUGGUCCAAAAUAUGUCCGUAAUAAAGCAUAGAUGCUGGUCAUGAUCGUCACAGAAGCCAAGCGCACUGGUGCUGACGCAUUGGGCUAUUGUUAUGGUGGUGACGCCUUUUAAGUUUCUCAGGACUGUCUGUGUUUGAUGAAAUCUUAAAUGUAAUACUAGGAGUUUUGGUUAGUGAACCUGCACAAAAUAGAAUGACUGCAAAUGAUGAAUGCAAUGGGAUUCCAUUUAUAGGUUUGGUUAUGUAGAAGUGUUGGCUAGCUAGAGUGUGAUGAAUUUUAAAGCACUGGGUGGGAUGAUGACUGAUUCUUUGAAGAUCAUGUUGUUUCGUACUGAUCUGAAGAUCUGCCAAGUUUUUUUCAAGAGUAAUGAAAAAUAAACAGGAUGGAAAACUGUUCAAUCAGUUUUUAAUUCACCUUUAUUUGUGUGCUCUAAGUAGGGUGUGGAUUUGCUGUGUUUUUGUUAAUCAUAUGAUGUGCAAUAUGACCACAAUGGAAGAACAAAUGUCACCCAACCUCUCAAUUUGAGUUAUGAAUCAAUUCCAAUCAAUUAAUUUCCACAAAAAACAUCAACCUAGAUGGCUGACAUUUUGUCACCUGCUAUUAAGUAUUUUUUUUGCUAUUCAGUUAAUUUGAUUUACAGCAUACCAUGUGAUGUGCAUUCCAAGUGGUUUCAUUGAAUAAUGACCUAAUUACACAAUGUGAUUAAAUCUCAAUCAAGCCCUAUUAACAUCUAAAGGUAAAUGGUCUUCAAAAUCAAAGACAACAAUUCUUGCCCUCGCUUCAAACCCACGCUUUUACAAAGAAACCGGUUGAGGAAAUGAACUGUUGGUUACAGCCAGACUUUUUUUCUUUCUUUCUUUUUUUAACCCCCAUUUUAAACGAUGGUGUCUCAGGAUGAAUGUAUUGAUUCUCUACUGUACUUUGAUCAUCAGAUGGGUAUUUUGUCUCAUGUAUUACUAUGGUCAACCCAAAUCAUUACCACUGCUUAACAACGGUGGAAGUUUCUAAUAGCAGCUUUUUAACAUUCUUUCUUUUUUUAUAGUUCUGACUUUCCAAUUUGAUUAUUCUUUCAGAGAUCAUAACAAAAUGUCUAUUAAAAACAUUUUAUGGCUUCUGA